GAUUGGACGGGAGUUGACUCUGCGCUCUGUUUUCAGAUUGCUUUGUGAUGUCUGAAUAUCCUGCACAGCCCACCGAUGGUCAGGACAAGAUCUGCCUGCGUGUACGGGGAGUGGAGAGAAACUCGUUCCAGGACAUCACCAUCGGGAAGACUGAGUCAUUGAAGAGACUGAUGGAGGAUUACAAAGAGCGGAUGGCUCUACAGCGAUGCCGACUGACUUUCCACUUUGACGGUGCCGAGCUAUCGGAGACCAGCACUCCCCAGGACAACGAGAUGGAGAACGAUGAUGUGAUCGAUGUUUGGAUAUGCUCCUGAAUGUCACGCUGGGAAUGCUGACAGGGAAGAGCGAUUGGUGUGGGGCUGAGGGCAUGUAUCAUACAUGUUGACUCCUGCCCGUAUUGUGACAGUUCCUACAGUCAAAUAGCAGCCAUGUUCUGGCUCCCUGUGUUGUGUUCAGACUGAACUCUUCUGUUUGUAACUAAUUGUACAGAGCUUUGAUGAACCCAAUUAUGUGCAGCAUAUUGUCCUUUCGUAAAAACAAAUGUCUUGGUUUGCUCCUACCA